AUGAAACUCCUCAACACCCUGCUCACAGCCGCCCUGGCGCUCGCCGGGCUCAGCGCCGCCGAAGGCCUGGAGAUCGAAUACCUGACGCCGGCGGUGGAAUGCGAGCGCAAGACCAAGAAGGGCGACACCAUCGACGUGCACUACGCGGGCACACUGCAGACCACGGGCGUGGAAUUCGACUCGAGCUUCGGGCGCGGCACGCCGUUGACGUUCCAGCUCGGCGCGGGGCGCGUCAUCAAGGGGUGGGAUGAAGGCCUCCUCGACAUGUGCAUCGGCGAGAAGCGCCGGUUGACGAUUCCUCCGGAGUUAGCCUAUGGCAAGCAGUCGGUGGGACCGAUCCCGCCGAAUAGUGUGUUGGUCUUUGAGACCGAGUUGAUGGGCAUCAAGGGUGUCAAGAAGGAUGAGCUUUGA